UACAAUGAAUAAAGCCAGGAUUAAUAUAUACUAACCUAUUUUUUAUUGUUUUAAGAUAAAUCUUAGAAAAUUAAACAAUGAAAUAACCAUUAAAACAAUAUAAAAAAGUAAAAAAAAAUUAUAUUGAAAGAGGAGAAUCAAUGAAGCGCGAAGAGAUUUAUUCAAUGACUCAACAAACCUUUGUGAAUGAUAAAAACUGUCUGCUUAUCUUCUGCAUUGGCGCACUGUUCCACCUCUCCGCCAUUGCAACAGAAUUAAUAAAAUUUAACUGCUGACAAACGGCGUAUUUUACCAUUUAUUACAAACACGUGUGAAGCUGUAGGUCAUACACACAUUCACUACACAAGUCCUAUAUACAUUGAUGUAGAAACUUAAAUAUGAAUAACACUACCGAAACGUGCGAUCAAGUACACGACUAUAACGUAAGUGAAAGAUGCAAUUUUGUAGUAAAAACUGUUGACUGUAGAGAUGAAAGUUAUGUUCCUUAUAUGUUGUUUAUAUACUGUGGACUUGGAAAUAAUGAAAUAAUAGCCGCAGUUAGUAUAUGUGCAUUUUGGCUGCUAUUUUUAUUUCUUGCUCUCGGUGUAACUGCCGAUGAUUUUUUAUGUCCCUCUUUAGUCGUAAUCACAAAAACUCUUCGUUUAUCACAAAACAUCGCUGGAGUAACAUUUCUAGCUUUCGGUAAUGGAGCACCAGAUAUUUUUUCUUCGUUAGCAGGAAUAGAACAAGCACGCUCACAACUAGUAAUUGGAGAAUUGUUCGGUGCUGGAAUAUUUGUAACUACAACAGUAGUCGGUUGCAUAUGUCUAACAAAAGAAUUUAAAAUUAUGGAGAGGCCAUUUUUACGCGAUAUAAUAUUUUAUUCUUGCGCAUCAUUUUGGGCUUUUUAUCUAUUUUAUACUAAAGAAAUUGCCCUCCGACAUGCAAUAGGUUUUAUCGCUCUUUAUAUGAUUUAUAUUAUUGUGGCGAUAGUAAGCAGAAUCGUGUUUCAAAAAUGUCACGAAAAGUUAUCUGCACAACCUACACCGAGGUUAUCAAUUAAAGAUGUUGAUAAAGAAACUGACUCUCAACCUCAAGAGACAUUGAAUGUAACGAUAGAAAAAGAACAAACAAAUUCUAUAUCCGUCCCGACAAGUUUCACGGAACAGGUAACGAAUUUAGAUAAGUACGAUGACCCAGAAAAUGAAGGAGUAGUUUUAAGAAGAUUCAGUUAUAGAAAUAGUUUAGCCAUUCCACGUAAAAGGACCAUGUCGUUAAGAAGAGAUAGCGUUAUGAGUAUUCGCAGUACUUCAGACCACAGCAGAAGCCGAAGUUUUGGGAAAUCAGAUCAAAGUGUAUCUGAAUUUGUGCCUCCUACUUUGGACUCUCAGAUUUCUAAAACUAGUCUAUCAAGUCUAAUAUCAAAAUCGAGUUCUGAUGAAGUUGGAGAGUGCAAAUUAUUCUGCUACCAGAUAAGUCCAAUAGAUAUCUUGGCAUGGUCAGAGAAACCUUGGUAUAGUAAAAUUUUGGAAGUUUGUAAGUCACCUAUUUAUUUUAUCUUGACUAUUUCAACGCCUUUAGUGGAUGAUGAAGAUCCUUCAAAUAACUGGAAUAAGCCACUAGCAAUUAUGCAUUGUAUAGUUGGACCAGUUUUUGUGGCAUUCGCUUCAAAACGUGGUCUAGUUUUAAUCGGUGGCGUAUUUCCUGUAGUCGGUAUCGUAGCAAUUGUCUCGAUAAUCUUGGCUUUCGUGGUUAUUUUUACCUCAAAAAAAGAGGAACCACCUAAAUAUUAUGCUAUUUUUAGCUAUUUAGGUUUUGCUGUAUCUGUCACGUGGAUUUAUUGCAUUGCCAAAGAAAUAGUUUCGUUACUUAAGGCACUUGGAAUUGUUUUUGGCUUAAGUGAUGCCAUUUUAGGUUUAACUGUAUUAGCUUGGGGUAACAGCAUUGGAGAUUUUAUAUCAAAUACAUCGGUUGCUAAACAAGGAUAUCCUAGAAUGGGUAUUAGUGCAUGUUAUGGUGGACCAUUAUUAAAUUUAUUACUUGGAGUUGGAAUACCUUACACAAUUAGCAUUGUAAGAGGAGGACAUCCAAUCGAGUUAAAAUACACAAGCCUGGUCAGCCUGCUGUAUGGGACGUUGUGUUUCAGUUUAGUUUUAACAAUGUUAACAAUGACAGCACUCAAAUUUCAAGUGAAACGUUGGUACGGAUUUAUUCUUAUAACAAUUUAUGUCAUUUUCUUGGUUGCAGCUAUUUUAUUAGAAAGCAAAAUUGUAACAUAAAUUGAAAAAAAAAAUAAUG